UUUAUAGCUCUAGCCAACGGUUAGCUUUGAUACAGGCUUGAGCGACUGACUAAAGUUGUUACAGGCGUCCAUUAGUGUUUCCCAACGGUUUUACCUUCCAGCUCCCCCAAGUUCCUUCAAUCAAGGAAAAGAUCAGUAAUUAAUGCGCGCGAGCCCAGAAGUGUUUUGAAACCACGCCCACGUGCUACAAGCGUCUGCUUUUGCUCUCUCUGCGUGUCGGCAUGACGGAGCUGUGGCCGAAAUGCUCCGACGGGACGCUGAUGGAGCCGCUCGACAUGCUGCUGUCGCUGUUUCCACGGCGAGGAGCUGAGAACUGGACAUCAGAGACUUGUUUUGUGAUGGUACCGCCUCCCGUGCCAAAUCUCGUCAAAUCGUCGGGAUUGUACGACAACCUAGUUGCGUAUUUUUCGUCCAGUCUGGCCGACGAGAUCUUGGAUAGCGUGCGCACGUUGGCGUUUCUUUCUCUCAUGAUCACCGUUGCCAUGGUUUUGUCUUUCUGUGUGUGCAACCUGUUGAGUUCAAAUUUUAGGAAUGUUGCUCCGGCUCAUAAGAAGUGGUACAUCAUUGCCAAUCUGUUCAAGGCGGCUCUUCUAGGAAUUUCAUGCAUCUCGAAGAAAUACUGGGCAGCACUCUAUCGAAUCUAUUUCUUCGAUCAGUUCCUUGCGAUUCCUCUCAAACGUACGAUGGCUAUCUAUGCUGUCACUGAUGUCGUUGCUCUCUGGAUGGUUCCAAAGUUGCCAACAAGCACAAUCAUACAUCACGUGACCUCGACUGUAUUGUUUUUCGCUGCGUGUGUGAAUGAUAUGACCGUUCAAGGAUGGACAGGCAAUCUGGGAGUUGCCAAGAUGAUUGUCGUCUAUGGUAACUUCAGUACAGUGGCGUAUCUGGUCAAUGCCUAUUUGGCUUUACGAGUUCUCUAUCCGCCAAACUCUCGAAUGAUGAACUUCCUGUGUCUGAUGGCUUUCUGGUCAUACGUGCUGUGUUGCACAGGCAACUGGGGUGUCCACCUGAUUUGGUUUCUGCAUGGGCUCAAAACACUGUCGUUCAGCAUAGCUGCAUUGCUCUAUCUCGUUGCUGUUUGCUUUGUUGUUAAUGAUGAUAUUGUGCUGCUACGAUGGCUGUGGAAACGAAGUUCGCCUGCAGCCGAAAACGAACCUGAAAACAAGAAGACAACUACAGAGUGACUCGUCGUUUGGUUUCUAAACACUUUUGAUUUACUGUGCAAUGGCUGAUGGUGCGUGUGUGUGCUCACAUGUGUGUGUAAACUUGAACUGUGAACUUUUGGAUUAUGACAAAUCAUUUGCUUUGCUUUAGUUUUGAUGGUUCAGAAAUGUUUUAUGAAUGCUGCUUAUACACAAUUACAGAUCUUGUUUGCCAGUACGCAUGCUCAAUGACGUUGUUUAUAUGGAGUCUCACAGUCACGCCAUAUUUGGUAUGAUGUCCUUUAGCUGACUGGUUGUGUGUAAGAAAGAUCAGGAGAAGCAGCAG